AUGAGGCUGCGGCUGUGGGUGCUGGUGUGGCUGUGGCUGACGAGGCUGAGGGCAGGGGAAGCAGCACCCAGGCCAGCUAAGGCGUCCACCCCACGAGCAGUGGGUCCGCUCUUCAUAGACAGGCCGGACUUCUUCGACUACCCGGACUCAGACCGAGAUAGCCUUCUGGCCGUGGCCCAGUUCAUCGGGGAGAAGCCUGUUGUCUUUGUUCCCUCAGAUUCCAGUUCCAGGUUCUUCCACCACAUCCUGAUGGGCGCCAUGGUGGUGGCCUUCUUGUUUCUCCUUUUCCAGUUCUGCACCCACAUGAGCUUCCAGAAAGGGGCCUAA